CCACUCUUUCAGUAAAAAUAUUUUUCAUGAUACCUAAUCUGACCCUCCCCUAAUGCAGUUCACACCAUUUCCUCUUGUCCUAGAGGAGUCCUACCAAGGCAAGCCAGGAGAUGGACACUGCUGGAGGCAGGACAGACCAGAGAUGCAGUGAAUGAGGCUUCAAUAACUCUUGGUUACAACUCUUCUGGAAGCAAUCAAGUGAGUUUUGAGAAAGGCCAGUGCUAGGGAGAUGUAAAGCAUCCCAGGCCCACUUUCAGAGCACCCUGCAAGACACAGAGCACAGCAAGGAACAGAGGUGUGCUCGUUGACUUUCAGGUCACUUGGCUCCAUUUAGAUUCAUUAUUCCAACAUCAAAAUGAGUUUGUGCAACACUGAGAGCAGACAAAAGACCCUUGCAAAGGUCAGAGGAUUUUUUCAGUGGCAAUUAUCUGAAUGAAACCUGACACUUUACACUAUGUGCACCACAUUUUGUAGGUGAUGAGAGCUUGAUGUGUACCUGGUGAGCGAUUCACUUACUGUUACAGAGAUCGGUGGCAGGCUCAUGAAAAGAACAUGUGAACCCUGGCUCAAAUUAUCUUCUUUCCAACUGGCAGAUGACACUGCUUCCCCCACUGACACUCCUUUCACUGAAAGGUGGAUUUAGGCUGGGUUUCAUGAACCUCACUGAACACUCCCUAACAUGAACUUACAUUCUUAUUAACCCCACUGCUGCAAUGCAAACAGAACAAAUCCUCAUUUCAUAGCCACCACGUAUCAAGCUGAAAUUGCAUCAGAUCUUUGCCACAGGGAUGACUCUAAGCAAAACACAAACCAUCAUGUGCAUGGCUCUUCUUGGCUCAGGGAACCAUUUGAUGUGAAUACUUAUUACCCUAAAAGACUGCUCUGAUGAGUUGCAGCAGAGUAAAGCAACUUUGCUGGGAAGUUUUUCACAGCCUCAUAAAUCAUUGAUGUAAAGAAACAAAACCAAUAUGCAGUUCCUUCUUUUACAGGUGACAUGAACCUUGAAGAGUACUUUGCAAGGACUGGCUAUAAAGGUUCCACUGAAAAACAAGAUUUGGAAACCUUAACUGAUAUAUUCCAGCACCACAUCCGUGCUGUUCCCUUUGAAAACCUCAGCAUCCACUGUGGGGAGAAAAUCACCAUGGAGUUGGAGCAGGUUUAUAACAAGAUUGUGCAGAGGAAGCGGGGUGGCUGGUGCAUGGAAAACAACCAGCUGCUGGGCUGGGUGCUGAGAUGCCUGGGCUACGAUGUCACCUUUCUGGGAGCUUAUGUGUUCAACCCACACCAAAACGCCUACGCCACCAUCAUGACCCAUCUCCUUGUAAAGGUGGUUGUUGAUGGCAAAGCCUAUAUUGUUGACGGAGGCUUUGGUGUAUCCUAUCAGAUGUGGCAACCGAUGGAGCUCGUGUCAGGGAAAGACCAGCCCCAGGCUCCCGGCGUCUUCCGUUUCACAGAACAAAAUGCCAUCUGGUACCUCGAGAAAAUGAGACGGAAACAGCACAUCCCCAACCAGCAGUUCUCCAAUUCUGAUCUUCUGGAGAAAAAAGACUGUCGGAAAGUUUAUAUGUUCAGUCUUGAGCCACGGACAAUGGAAGACUUCCGCUUCCAGUGCACCUACCUUCAGACCUCUCCAGACUCCCUCUUUACGAAGAAGUCCAUCUGCACCCUUCAGACCACUGAUGGUUUUCGGGCCCUGAUUGGGUGGACACUCACUGAGACCACAUACAACUACAAGGAAAAUACGGAUCUGGUGGAGUUCAUAACUCUAGAAGAUGAAGAGGUGGAAAAAACACUCAAAGAGAAAUUCAACAUAACCCUAGAUAGAAAACUUGUCCCAGUUAACAUCAAAGGAUCUUACACAAUCUAGAUGACCAGAGAAACCUACAGUCCUAUGCACAGUAACUUCCACUGUCUGCACAAUAGCUACUGUAAGAUUGUGGGAUUCUCUUGCAGGCAACUGAAGGAAAAACACGUUAAUACCAAGUUAAAGUGAAUCUCAUUCUCUGAAAAAUCAAGAAUUUAAGAGCCUUCUGUCAGGUAGAUAGAUGUGAAAUGACUGCAGUUCAAUUUUUGGCACAAAUAUAGGAUCUGAUUUGAAUCUGGCUAUAAACCUGGGCAAUAAAUAUGUCUGGGGAAUUCUGGAGUGCCUACAGCACAUAAAUAAGAGUAUGGAAUAUUAAUUGUGGUAGGCUAGCAGCACAUUUUCUAUGGUUACUAUAGGGAGAAAAAGCAUCUGUGAGCAUUUAGACAAUGAAAUAUACACUUAAAACUUUAUUUCUUCACAAGAUCUAACCACUUGCAGCACUUCUCAUUUCUCUGCCUUUAACAUAAGUAAAACAAUGUCAUAUCUGAAAGGAGCAUUAGGAAGUAUAAUGCUUUCACUGUCAUCCUUAGAGGAAACAUAGUACAAAAUGAAAAUGAUCAUCAUACACAUCCCUUUUG